GCCGGCGCCAUAUUUUUUGCCCCUGCUAAUAUAUUCAUUCACUUGGUUAUAAAAUGCCCAUGCCCACGACCUCAGUUGGCGCGUGAGACGCGGCAGGCCAGGCGACGUCAAGUAGACCGAUCGACGCGCAGGCCGCGCGCGAAGAUCGUAUAUACCUUCGUUCGCCCCCGUACUGGAAUUCUACAGCUAUCUGGACAUGCUUUCUCGACUUAAAAAACAGUACAAUCCCCCGAACUCUCUAAUUUUCAUGUCCAAGCCCUACCCAGAGAAAGUAUGCAAUUGCAUCACCUAUCUUGUAGCAUUAUGUUUUCCGGGAAUCUAUAGCAAAUCGAUGUGAAGGAAAGCUCAAAACUUUUAAUUUUCACAACCAUCAUUACCAAUGAUGCACCCAAGCCUACUAGCUACUACCCAAUGGGUCACACUGUCAACCCUCUUAUCAAUCGCCAUAGCGGCUGAUAACUACUUCUCAUCCUCUAGUCCAAUAUUUCUAAAUUGUGGAGCCUCUGCCAUGCAACUUGAUAGCAAUAAUCGGAGUUGGGAUGGGGACACUAGCUCCACGUUUGCACCAUCAGUGAAAGGGCUUGCAGCUAGAGCUUCAUAUCAAGACCCUUCCCUCCCAUCUCUUGUCCCUUACAUGACAUCCCGCAUCUUCAUUUCAAAUUACACAUAUUCCUUCCCAGUUAUCCCAGGCCGCAUGUUUGUGCGACUUCACUUCUAUCCAGUGGCAUAUGGCAACUAUGCUUCUAGAGAUGCCUACUUUGGUGUCACAACCAACAAUUUGACCCUUUUAGACAACUUCAAUGCUUCGCAAACAGCUCUAGCUGCAAAGUAUGCCUACAUCCUUCGAGAAUUCUCGCUGAAUGUCACUUCAGGUAGCCUGGACCUCACCUUUUUCCCAUCCACGCAGAAUGGCUCUUACGCAUUUGUGAAUGGGAUUGAGAUUGUCCCCACGCCCGACAUCUUUACAACACUAUCACCUAUACCACCUACCAAUGGCAACCCCGAUCCAUCUGAUAUAGAUUCUAUGAUCAGUUUCCAAACGAUGUACCGCCUCAAUGUUGGGGGCAUGACAAUCAGUCCACAAGGUGAUUCUAUGUUCUAUCGUUCAUGGGAGAAUGAUUCCCCAUAUAUAUAUGGUUCUGCCUUUGGGGUCACCUUCAGCAAAGAUAGUAAUGUCACCAUCACAUAUCCAAGUACUAUGCCAAACUAUAUCGCACCUGCUGAUGUAUAUGGAACAGCUAGGUCAAUGGGGCCAAUUGCACAGAUCAACCUUCACUACAGUCUUACAUGGAUCUUACCAGUUGAUGCAGGGUUCUAUUACCUCCUAAGGUUCCAUUUUUGUGAGAUCGAGUAUCCUAUAACCAAGGUGAACCAGAGGUCGUUCUUCAUUUACAUCAACAACCAGACGGUACAGGAACAAAUGGAUGUAAUUGUUUGGAGUGGAGGAAUUGGCAUAACAACAUAUACCGACUAUGUUAUCGUCACAGUUGGUUCUGGUCAGAUGGACUUGUGGGUUGCACUUCACCCUGAUCUUUCAAGUGGACCAGAGUAUUACGAUGCAAUACUAAAUGGUCUUGAGGUCUUCAAGCUACAGGACAUUGGAAAAAAAAGUCUUGCUGGCCUUAACCCUCCACUUCCACCACAACCAAAGUCUGAUGUGAACCCUAAAGGGGUAUCUGGUGGAGGGAAAUCAAAGGGUGCUGUCCCAGCAUCCAUACGUGGAGCCAUGGGUAGCACUGCCACUAUGCUUAUCGCUUGUUUUUCUGUGUGCAUCAUCUGCAGACUAAAGAAGGUAGCGAAGCAUUCUUUCAUGACUGAUAAAAAGUGCAUGACUUAUCGAACUGAAUUCUACCAUUCACCAUCAAAUCUUUGUCGGAAUUUCACCUUUGACGAAAUACAAGUUGCAACGAGAAACUUUGAUGAAAGCCUUCUUCUUGGUAGAGGUGGAUUUGGGGAUGUAUACCGUGGAGAAAUAGACAAUAAUGGCGAAAAUGUAGCGAUCAAGCGGAGCAACCCAUUAUCUGUGCAGGGUGUUCAUGAGUUCCAGACCGAGAUUGAGUUGUUGUCCAAGCUUAGAUAUUGUCAUCUCGUGUCUCUAAUCGGAUACUGCAAGGAAAAGAAUGAGAUGAUAUUGGUGUAUGAAUACAUGGCCCAGGGGACACUUCGGGAGCACCUCUACAACAGUAAUAAGCCAUCUUUACCAUGGAAGCAACGCCUCAAGAUCUGCAUUGGUGCAGCCCGAGGGCUGCAUUACCUGCAUAUGGGUGCAAAUCAAACCAUUAUCCAUCGUGACGUGAAGACUGCCAAUAUUCUAUUGGAUGACAAGUGGGUGGCAAAGGUUUCAGACUUUGGGUUGUCCAAGGCCAACCCAGACAUUGACAGCACCCAUGUCAGCACAGUUGUGAAGGGAACUUUCGGAUAUCUUGAUCCUGAGUAUUAUCGGAGGAAGCAACUUACCCAAAAAUCAGAUGUCUACUCUUUUGGGGUUGUGUUGUUUGAGAUCCUAUGCGCGCGCCCUGCAGUGAACAUAGAGCUUCCUGAAGAGCAAGCAAGCUUGCGUGACUGGGCGCUAUCUUGCCAGAAGAAAGGCAUGCUUGGCAAAAUUAUUGAUCCACAUCUCCAUGGAGAAAUCAGUCCUCCCUGCCUUAGGAUGUUUGCUGAUUGUGCAAAACAAUGUGUUGCUGAUCGCAGCAUCGACAGGCCGCUGAUGAGUGAUGUUCUUUGGAGUCUGGAAGCUGCACUGAAGCUGCAAGAGAAUGCAGAGAAUAACAAAAAAUUCAGUGAAGCAACAACAUCGUCAAAGAGAACACCAGACUUGAUAACUAUCAUGGGUACUGACAAACCAUCGACCUACUCAACAAUGAGCAUCACCGGACAAAAGAUCAUCUUCUCUGAUAUGAUGCACCCACAGGGCCGAUGAAGGACAACAGUUGAGGAUUUCAAUUAAUUUCUGAUCCAGAGUUCAUGUAUUGAUGAUCUUUUGAUCGCAAUUACUAGAAUAUUGCAUUAUUGAUCAAUUGUGUCAGUUUCUGUCUAACUAGAACCAAAUGUUAGUGAUUCUAAAUUCCGAAUAAAAACCCAAUGCUACAGGUUUGACUAGUUUUUUCUUGUUUCUGAAUGGUAAUUUAACUUAUCUAGCUCUAUGCAAAGGCACUAUAUUUCCGUUCUGUGGUUCAGCUGUCAACUGUACUGAUUCCUGAUGUUUCCACAUAUCCACAUUACAUUAGGAACAAAUAUCCAGGGUAUCUGGAGACGGAACAAGGCUUUGCUGAUUCUUUAACAUUCA